CCCUCUCCUCUGCGACUGAGUUGUGCUCCGGUCUGUUUACCGAUUCAGGAGUUUAAAAAAAUCUACUGUGUUUACUGUUUUUACAUCCGACCCCCGAUUUCAGAACAUCCCAGUCCUGACUAAACAUCCAGGGGGAGGCGGGCAUGGAGUCCCACGGCAGAGACGACGCGAAAGGGCCGGUGCUACACAUCGUGGUGGUUGGAUUUCACCAUAAAAAGGGCUGUCAGGUUGAAUUCUCUUACCCUCCGCUGAUGCCAGAUGAGGGUCACGACAGUAACCUGCUGCCUGAGGAGUGGAAGUACCUCCCUUUCCUUGCUCUGCCCGACGGAGCGCACAACUACCAGGAAGACACGGUGUAUUUUCACCUGCCGCCGCUCACUGCAGACAUGAAGUGUGUGUACGGAGUCUCGUGUUAUCGCCAGAUAGAAGCAAAGGCCCUGAAGGUUCGGCAGGCUGACGUCACCAGGGAGACGGUUCAGAAGAGCGUCUGCGUCCUCAGCCGAGUGCCUCUCUACGGUCUGCUUCAAGCGAAACUACAACUCAUCACACACGCAUACUUUGAGGAGAAAGACUUCUCGCAGAUCUCUAUUCUGAAGGAACUCUACGACCACAUGAACGGCUCUCUGAGGGGCUCCACUCUGGAGGGAUCGCAGGUUUAUUUAGGGUUAUCACCGAGGGAUUUAAUACUGCAUUUUCGACACAAGGUUCUCAUCCUCUUCAAGCUUAUCCUGCUGGAGAAGAAGGUCCUGUUCUAUGUUUCUCCUGUCAACAGACUAGUAGGAGCUCUGAUGACAGUUUUAUCACUGUUUCCAGGUAUGAUCGAGCACGGCCUGGUGGACUCGUCACACUACAGACCCAAGAGCAGCGUGUCGGAGGACCUGAGCCUGGUGGAGAGCAUCUCCGGAGCCGAGGAGUUCGUGUCUGUGUCCGUCACCGACAUCGCCAACACCACCCUGGAGCUGGAGGUGGAGGAGACCGUCCAGCCCGCUGCAGAGUCCCUGUCCUCUGGGAACAGCACAGAGGGGGACAAUCACCUCCUCAAACCCCCAUCACGUACCUCUCCAGACUCCUCAGAGAGCGACUGGGAGACCCUGGACCCCAGCGUGUUAGAAGAAGGUGGUGCUAAAGAGGCAAGUGAGGGGAAAGAGACGGGGUUGGAGCAGCUACAGGACGCCUUCGACUCCAAACCAGGAACGCCCAUCACUGUGCAGCCGCAGGCGGCCGGUGGUCAGGGAGGGGUCACCCAGGGCCUGUUGUCUGGUCUGGAGGAGGACCAGUACGGGCUGCCACUCCCCAUCUUCACUAAGGGUUACCUGUGUCUGCCCUACAUGGCCCUGCAGCAGCAUCACCUCCUAUCAGACGUAGCGGUGCGAGGCUUCGUUGCCGGGGCGACCAACAUCCUCUUCCGCCAGCAGAGGCACCUCAGUGAUGCUAUUGUUGAGGUGGAAGAAGCUCGUAUCCAGAUCCAGGACCCCGAGCUCCGAAAGAUCCUGAGUUUGACGACGGCAGACCUGCGUUUCGCCGACUACCUCGUCAAACACGUGACGGAGAACCGCGACGACGUCUUCUUGGACGGGACGGGCUGGGAGGGCGGAGACGAGUGGAUCAGAGCCCAGUUCACCCUCUACCUCCACUCAUUACUGUCCUCUGCACUACAGCAAGAUAAUGAGCGGCUGCUGGCUGAUUACGGCGCUCCUUUCAUCGCAGCCUGGAAGAUCAGCCACAACUAUCGGGUGUGGUACAGCAACAAGCACCCCGCCAUGACCGCCAUCACCCCAGGACACCCAUUCCAGGGGCAGUACAGUGUUGCUGAUGUGAAACUACGGCUUUCACACUCGGUGCAGAACAGUGAGCGAGGGAAGAAGAUCGGAAACGCCAUGAUGACCACCAGUCGCAGCGUGGUCCAGACAGGGAAGGCAGUGGGUCAGUCAGUGGGCGGAGCGUUGACCAGCGCCAAGUCGGCCAUGUCCUCCUGGUUCUCCACACUAGCCCAGCCUGCAGCUGUAACCCCCCCGGCCUCUCCUGAGCCUGCCACUGAGGUCAAACCGUGACCA